GGUGUUCGAGCUGCAGCUGACUAGUACUAAUACUAUACUCCGGCACCCGUGUUAAUUUGCGAAGCGGGCAUUGGUGUCUGCAGUGCCAUGAAUGCGACAGUAUUUUUGUUUGUCUAAUGAGAUAUGGCAUCCAGCUCUCUCCCAUGACAUCCUUCUAAUUAGCCGUCCGAUCCCGCUUCUCUUCACAUAUCCGAAAUGCGCGGAGUCCGGGUGCUUGCUGCUUGGUCUCCAGUAGUCACCGCGAGGCCCUUCGCUCAGCCAAGAGGGAGCAUCCUCAAGGGACUUUAUCCAGGCACUCAUACCCCUACAUUUGUGACUGGAGUUUAUGGUGGACAAUACCGACAGUUUUCCGGAGUUGCGACUUCAUUACGCAUCGGUAGCAACAAUCGUCUCCAGCAUCCUGCGACAUUUCUUUACAACAAUGCUUUAAGACGUGUUAUUCCUCAGUCGCAGCCCUCGUACAACAUACGCCUUUUCUUCUUUACCCACCGGUACCUAGGAUCUAAAACGACCGCCCAAUCGACGAAUACUCAAGUGAAUAUUACACCGAAAGAAAAUGAGGAAGAUGAAGCAGACAAGGGCUUCGAAUUAUCUGAAAGGGCAGCCCAGGCAGCACAGAUUAACCUCAGCGCAAAAUUAGCUAAAGACGGCGCCACGGGAAAGAAAUCUGGUUUUAAGGAAAUAUGGAGGCUCCUAUCCAUUGCUCGGCCAGAGGCUAAGAAGCUUGGGUUUGCUUUCCUCUUCCUGUUAGUUUCGUCGUCCAUCACCAUGUCGAUUCCCUUCUCUAUUGGGAAAAUAAUGGAUGUGGCGACCAAGUCCGCGACCGAAGGGGGUAGUGAGCUUUUCGGUCUUAGCCUACCCAUGUUUUAUGGAGCAUUAGCCGGAGUACUCACCUUGGGCGCAGCCGCAAACUAUGGUCGCAUCAUCAUUCUACGCAUUGUUGGCGAACGCAUUGUUGCUAGACUUCGCUCGAAACUUUUCCGUCAGACGUUCAUUCAGGAUGCAGAGUUUUUUGACGCAAACCGGGUUGGUGACUUGAUCUCUCGUCUUAGCUCUGACACCAUUAUUGUUGGCAAGAGCAUUACGCAGAAUUUAUCCGAUGGUUUGCGAGCAGCAGUCAGUGGUGCAGCAGGCUUUGGAUUAAUGGCCUACACCAGUCUCAAGCUAUCCAGCAUUUUGGCUCUAUUGCUGCCUCCCAUUGGUCUUGGGGCUUUCUUUUAUGGAAGAGCAAUUAGAAACCUGAGUCGCAAGAUCCAGAGGAAUCUAGGAGACUUGACCAAGAUUGCCGAGGAACGUUUGGGCAACGUGAAAACCAGCCAGUCUUUUGCUGGCGAAGUUAUCGAGGUUAACAGGUACAACAAGCAAGUGCGGAAGAUCUUCGAACUUGGCAAGAAAGAAUCUGUGAUUAGUGCGACUUUCUUUAGCUCCACCGGUUUCAUGGGCAAUAUGACGAUCUUGGCACUCCUUUAUGCUGGAGGAGGAAUGGUUGGGUCUGGUGCCAUCACAAUUGGAGAGUUGACAUCGUUCCUCAUGUAUACCGCCUAUGCAGGUUCUAGCAUGUUUGGCCUGUCAAGCUUCUAUUCUGAGCUCAUGAAGGGGGUGGGAGCGGCUAGCCGGCUUUUUGAAUUACAAGAUCGCGGACCGACAAUAUCUCCAACUAAGGGUACGAAGGUUAUUUCUGCUCGUGGCCCUAUUCGUUUUGAGAACGUGUCUUUUAGCUACCCAACUCGACCUGCUGUUCCUAUCUUCAAGGACCUAAACUUCGAGAUUCCCCAGGGGACCAACGUUGCCAUUGUCGGGCCUUCUGGAGGGGGCAAAUCCACCAUUGCCUCCAUUUUGCUCCGGUUUUAUAACCCCACCGAGGGCAAGGUUCUGAUUGAUGGAAAGGAUAUCAGUGAGAUGAACGCUAAAUCCCUUCGGAGAAAGAUUGGUAUUGUGUCGCAAGAGCCCGUCCUCUUCUCGGGCACUAUUGCGGAGAACAUCUCAUACGGAAGCCCGCAAGCAACAAGGUCUGCGAUUGUCGCAGCUGCCAGGAAGGCGAAUUGUCAAUUCAUCAGUGACUUCCCUGACGGCCUUGAUACUCAAGUUGGUCCUCGAGGAGCUCAGCUCUCUGGUGGGCAAAAGCAACGCAUUGCCAUUGCUCGUGCCCUAAUUAAAGACCCUGAUAUCCUGAUUCUGGAUGAAGCGACUUCCGCUCUUGACGCGGAGUCCGAGACUUUAGUGAACAGUGCCCUUGCUGCUCUGCUUCGCGGAAACAACACGACAAUCAGCAUCGCCCAUCGGCUCUCCACCAUCAAGCGAUCGGAUACUAUCAUUGUUCUCGGUCCUGAUGGUAAGGUAGCCGAACAGGGUUCAUACGAAGAGCUCAGCUCUCGGCAAGAUGGUGCCUUUACGAAAUUAAUGGAAUGGCAAAUGAGUGGCGGCGAUGUGUCCCAGCCUCCGACCAGCGCCCCUAUCAGUCCUACGACACAAGAAAAGUUGUGGCAGAUGGAGAGAGAGGAGGACGCUGGCGCUGAGGAAGUAGCCUCUAGAACGAGUGAGCAGCAGAGGAAGGAAUAAUUGUCCUGAUAGAAGGCCUGCCUUCUCCAGGGCAACUUGUCUAUCUUCUCUCUCUGGGGUUCGUGUACCAUUCUCUGUAGAGAUUUUCUUUUAUAUGUUCACCUUGUCACUUCCUUACUUCCAUACUUCCCUCUUGAAUGGUUGGAUCGACUGCGGAUGUACCUAUACCUUUGGAUUUACUGUUUUCAGAUGAUGGGGACCGGCUUCUUUAUACACUAAAUAGUUAGAUGAGUGGGAUAGAGAAAAUAUAAUGUGCAUCUCCGCUCACGAUUAACAAUAACACAUGUGUCG